AUGGCAGAAGUAAUUGAACAUACUUUGAAACUCGACCAAAAAGUAUCCAUAAUCACCGGCGGAGCAAGCGGAAUCGGAGAAGCGACAGCGCGUCUCUUCGCCAAACACGGCGCACUUAUCGUAAUCGCCGACAUCCAAGACGAACAAGGUCAACAAGUAGCCGAUUCCAUCGGUUCAGAACGAUGCACCUAUUUCCACUGUGACGUCGCCGAUGAACAGCAAGUGAUCGCCGUCGUUAAUUUCACCGUUAAUUCAUACGGUAGACUAGACAUCAUGUUCAGCAACGCCGGAAUUCUCAGCACCUCCAAACAGACGGUUUUAGAUCUCGAUCUAACACAAUUCGACCGCCUUUACGCCGUCAACGCCCGUGGAACUGCCGCAUGCGUGAAGCAUGCAGCGCGUGCAAUGGUGGAGAAACGCGUGAGAGGAAACAUCAUCUGCACGGCGAGCGUCGCCGCCUCAAGAGGAGGGAGUUCACGGACGGACUACGUGAUGGCGAAGCAUGCGGUGGUUGGAUUGGUGCGAUCGGCGAGCAAGCAGCUCGGUGUGCACGGAAUAAGAGUGAAUUGCGUUUCGCCGUCAGCUGUUGUGACGUCGCUGUCGAAGAGAUCGCCGGAGGCUGCGAAGAAGACAAUGGAGCUAUAUGAGACAUUGUCGAGCUUGAAAGGGAUCGAAUUGACUGUAGAUCGUGUAGCGGAAGCUGUGUUGUUUCUGGCCUCAGAAAGUUCAUCCUAUAUCACCGGCCACGAUCUAGCGGUGGACGGUGGCCUGACAAAACUUCCGGACGCAGAUGAUCUGAAUUGA